AUGCCACCUAAAUCAAAAUAUGUUAUUGUGCAGUUAGCUAGUGUAAUAUCUGGUACAACACGUAUGUGGAUUCGUGAACGAAGUGCCGAGAAAGCUCAAGGCAUUUUUUUUGAUCCCGCAAACUUGGUUCCGCACACUUAUACUUCGCUAAAAGAAAACGAGUUCGACAGCUACAGUAAUGUGCAUGGGAAAACUUUGAAACUGGUAGAUUUUCCCGGCGCAGAACGACUGCGGAAACAAUUGUUUCUCAGAUACUUUGAAAAGGUAGAAUUUAAGGGCAACAGCUUGAUCAAGGGAGUAAUAUUUGUUAUUGAUAGUUCGACGUUUAGUAAGAAAGCAAGAGACGUUGCCGAAUUUCUUUACGAUGUACUACGAGAGUCGCCGAAAGGAACAUUUAUUCUUAUUGCAUGCAACAAGCAAGAUAUACAACUAGCAAAGAGUUCGCAGGGUAUUCGUAAUGCUCUAGAGAGAGAAAUUGGCUUGAUCAAUAGCUCGCGAAGUGCAGCUCUGGAAACUACUGAUGGAAGUAGCUCUCGUAGAAUACUGACUACAACAGGUGCGUAUAUUUAUUUGACUGCUGGUUCAGUGAAUUUUGUGAGUAGAUUUGUAAAAUUAGUGAAAAAUAAAAGAAAGAGCUUCCAGUGGACUGAUUUACCACAACUGAAAAUCGAUUUUCUCGACUGCUGUGCAGAUAAAGAAUAUCAAGUUGAAGAUGGUAAUGUUUUAAGUUCUGAUGUAAUUAGGAAUUGGAUUAAUGGUAUUAGAAUUUAA